GUUGUUGUUUCAAGUUUCAGCGUCUUCAACGCCAUUUCAACCCUCACAUUCCUUAACAGCGAAGCCAUCGCCGAAGGGCACAAUCGUCAUUGCAUCACCGUCCGUUUCUUCGGUUCCUUUCACUGUUAAGGAUAAGAAUCGAAGCCUCUCCCCUUCUGCUCGGAAAGGGAACAACGGUAACGGACAUGGGGCUUCUCUCGAACAGAGUAACCAGAGAGAGCCUGAAACCAGGGGAUCAUAUCUACUCUUGGAGGACUGCGUACAUUUAUGCUCAUCACGGCAUUUAUGUGGGUGAUGACAAAGUCAUUCACUUCACCAGGCGUGGGCAAGAAGUAGGUACUGGUACUGCACUAGAUCUUCUCCUCGUUAGUUCAGGACCAGCCAGGGCUAGAGAAAGUUGCCCAACAUGUACAGCACCCCAAGAGGAACAUGGUGUUAUCUCCUCCUGCCUGAAUUGUUUCCUAGCCGGUGGCGUCCUGUAUCGGUUUGAGUAUGCCGUUUCCCCUGCCCUCUUCCUUGCAAAAGCUCGCGGUGGAACGUGUACUCUUGCAGUCUCCGAUGAAGAUGAUAUCGUGGUCCACCGGGCAAAACAUCUACUUGAAAAUGGCUUUGGGUGCUAUAAUGUUUUCAAGAACAACUGUGAAGACUUUGCUAUCUAUUGCAAAACUGAACUCCUGGUUGCUGAGCAAGGAAGAAUUGGACAAAGUGGCCAAGCUAUUUCCAUCAUUGGGGGCCCUCUUGCUGCUGUUCUAUCCUCGCCUCUACGAAUGGUUACUACCAACGUAUAUGGAAUGGCAGUGACAGCCGUUGGAGUGUACUGUGCCAGUAGAUAUGCUACAGACAUUGGAAUGAGGGGUGAUGUGGUGAAGGUUCCAGUUGAAGAGUUAACAAGGAGAUUGGCCACUGGCCUUCUGCAGGUGGUUGAAUCCCAAAUGCCAAUGAACCUUGCUCAUCAAUCUCCUCAACUUGUCACUCACUGAUCGAGCAUCGUCUCUGUUUAAAUAUUCGGCUAAGAUUAAAAAGCUUAAUUGAAUGGUAUUGUGGAAUUGCAUAAAUUAUUUUGCUGGUUGAACUUGUCUUUUGUGUCUCACUAAUUUAUACAAUUAGGACAUAAAUGGUGAUGGGAGGGGAUAUCUAUGAAUAUGGUUUGUUAUUUACA